GGGCGCGCGGCACCGCUCGCCAGGUCCCAGAGUGCACUGCGGGGAAGAGCGCGUGCGCGCGGCUCCACUGCCGAGCGACCGCGGGAAAAUUCCAAAAAAGUCAAACAAAACAAAAAACCAGUACGGGGCAAAGCCAAACUUGCAAGCCACAGAACCCGGGCGGAGGCGUCCUUUCUGCCACUGCCCAAACUGCUGAAGCAGCUCUGGCUGGCGCAGACCACCCGGUUUAUUCCCUGCUUUUGGUGAUGGAUAUCCUCUAGUAUCUUCUUAAAUGGUGUGUGAAAGAUUUAAUGUGAAGCAUCAACCCAUCAUAGUGCUAGGGACAAUUUUCCUUUUGCAUUCUAGAAGAUGAAGAUGUUAUAGUCUGGAAAUGUGCUCCACACAGAUAACAAAGGUGGAGACAAAGACAGUGAUGAAGAAUAUUUUGAUACCUGGAAGAAUGUGAAGAUCAAUAAAAUGUUAUGUUGCCAAAGCAAAGAAGUAUGGGUAGGAGUCACAUACGUGAACUAAAGAAGAUGAAGGAAUCUGGAAAGAAUUUAUUUCUCAUUCAAUAUCAAAGAUUUGAUGUGUGCCCACUGUUUCCUUCAGUGCUUGGCGGGCUGCUGUGAAGAUACAUCACCUUUUCCCUUUUUCCAAGAUGGCUCAAGAUUCAGUAGGCUUUUCUUCUGAUUACCAAUUUUGGAUGCAGAAACUUUCAUUGUGGGACCAGGCCUCCACUUUGGAAACCCAGAAAGACACCUGCCUUCAUCUGCCUCGAUUUCAGGAAUUCCUGAGGCAGAUGUAUGAAGUCUUGAAAGAGAUGGAUUCAAAUAUGAUCAUUGAAAGAUUUCCCACAAUAGGUCAACUGUUGGCAAAAACUUGUUGGAAUCCUUUUAUUUUAGCAUUUGAUGAAAGCCAAAAAAUUCUACUAUGGUGCUUAUGUUGUCUGAUUAAUAAAGAACCACAGAAUUCUGAAGAACUGAAACUGAACUCCUGGACACGGGGCUUGCUAUCUCAUGUACUGUCAGCGUUCAAAUUUGAUACAAAAGAAGUUGGUCUUUUUAUUCAAGGUCUUGGAUAUGCACCUGCAGAUUACUAUCCUGGUUUGCUUAAAAAUAUGGUUUUAUCGUUAGUGUCUGAACUCCGAGAGAAUCAUCUUAAUGGAUUUAACACUCAAAGGCGAAUGGCUCCUGAAAAGAUAAGGUUCCUGUCGCGAGUUUGUGUACCACUUGUAACUCUGCCAGAUAUCCAACCACUGGUGGAGGCUCUGCUCACCUACCAUGGACAUGAACCUCAGGAAGUGCUCUGGCCUGAAUUCUUUGAUGCUGUGAAUGAGGCCUUCUUGCUGAAGAAGAUUUCUCUCCCCACAUCAGCUGUCAUCUGCCUGUGGCUUCGGCACCUUCCCAGCCUUGAAAAAGCAACACUGCAUCUUUUUGAAAAGCUAAUCUCCAGUGAGAGAAAUUUCCUGAGAAGGAUCGAAUGCUUUUUGAAAGAUUCAUUGCUGCCUGAAGCAGCCUGCUACCCUGCCAUAUUCAGAAUUGUUGAUGAAAUGUUCAGGUAUGCACUCCUGGAAACCGAUGGAGCCCCAGAAGUACUAGCCGCUAUUCAAGUGUUUACAUGGUGCUUUGUGGAAGCUCUGGAAAAACAAAACAAGCAGCUGAAGUUUACACUCAAGACCUACUUUCCUUAUGCUUCUCCAUCUCUUGUUAUGGUGCUGCUUCAACACCCAAAAGAUAUCCCACAAAAACUGUGGCACCAGCCACUGAAACAUAUUUCUGAAAUGCUCAGAGAAAUAGUUGAAGACCAGACUCAUGGGUCCUACGGAGGCCCCUUUGAGUGCUGGUUUUUGUUCAUUCACUUUGGAGGAUGGGCUGACAUCGCGGCUGAGCAGUUAGUGAUGUCAGAAGCUGAACCCCCGGAAGCCCUGCUGUGGCUCUUGGCCUUCAGCCACAGUCCACGUGACAGGAGUCAGCAGCGAGCACAGACCAUGGUAGAGGUAAAGGCAGUGCUCAGCCACCUCAAGAAGCUGCUCAGAAGUCCAACUCUCUCAGCCAGGGAUCUACAGGCAGCAGCUGCAGAGAGCCAAGACAGAGACCCCAGACCACCUUCAUGUCAACAGCUGAUCAGGCACCUCCUCCUGAACUUCCUGCUCUGGGCUCCUGGAGGCCAUGCGAUUGCUCGAGAAGUCAUCACCCUUAUGGCUCCAACCGAUGAGCUAAGCAACGAGAUUGCUGGCUUUCUUGACCAGACCUUGUACAGAUGGGAUCGCCUCUGCCUGGAAGCACCUAGGUCAAGAAAACUGGCCCGAGAGCUCCUGGCUGAGCUGCACGCUCACAUCCAGCAUCGGCCGGCUGCACAUGGAGCUGCCGUGCAUGCAACAGGCUCCCCGAGAUCUCGUGACGAAACAAUGAGACUGAUUCGUCGUGGAACGAGUAGUGAGGAUGAGCCAUAGACAUCUUGUUUAAUCUGCGAGUGAGCAAGCCGGAGAGGGGCAGAGGGAGAGGGAGAGAAUCCCAAGCAGGCACUAUCAGUGCAGAGUCCGACGUGGGGCUCAAACUCAACAAACCAUGAGAUCAUGACCUGAGCUGAGAUCAAGACACCCAGGUGCUCCUCAAGUUUAUUCUUCAUAUGCAUUGAUUGUGUACUCUUUUGUGUGUACAUACUCUUUUGUGUGGGUCGAAUCAGUCAGGACUUUUAUGGCUACUUUGUUAGCGUUAGUAAUCUCUGAGUCUCCUGCAAUUUGAGCUCCUAUUUGAGGUGUGAGUAGCGUUUUGUUGUAUUAGAGGUCGUAGUUUUAGGGGAGUUUCCGUUUCGGUAUAUGGAUCUACCUAAAGAUCUGAAAAAUUCAGGAACUUUUAACUUUUGAGAAAUACUGCAGUUUGAACAGUGCACUGAUAAAAUACUUUAGUCAUGACUACCAGCAUUCUUACUUUCAUAGAAAAAGUCUUCCUCAAAAUGUGUAGUAGUUUUGAUAAAGGAGUUUUAGGCUUCAUUUAGAGUCAAGGAUAUCUCUCCUAUGUUGUUUGCCAUGGAAGCUGUGACCAGCCUCUGUGGGCAUGAAGAAGGGAAUCUGCUUAGUGGCUGUGAAUAGUCCCUAAAGCUUGAUUCCCACCAGGAAUCAAAUUCCCUUGUGGGUGUGCUCCCACUAGAAAUCCAGUCAUGCUGUAUUCCACAGCAAACAAUAUAAACAAGACUGUUACCCACCUCAGACUGUUGAAGCUGCAUUUCUGGAAGGUUCCUUCCUGUCCUGACCUUACCUCAGCCUGUUUGUAGUAUCUUCAGUUCCUUUACAAAGCCUCUAAGUUCUCUCAAGCCUUGGACAUGUGAGUCAGCACCUGACCAGACUAUCUGAUCUGGCAGCCAAGCGGUUCUUGGGUCUCAAGUGAACCUUCAUUGUCUGUGAAGGCUUUCAUGAAGGGAAUAGGAGGCACUGGUUUGUGUACUGAUUUUGUUUUCUCUCCUUGCCCUUUCCCACUAACAAGAGAGAGAAUGCUCCACGGGGGAAACCAAGGAAAAUAGGACUGCUCUGCAAACUGGAGGGGCAGCUGCAAAGCCUCACAGGCAGUCAGGCCCUGGUCAUCACUUUAGAAGGGGUUACCCCAUCAUUCCAUUCACUUCUCUGAGGGGGAGGGAACCUCCCAAAGGGCAGAUGGAGAGGGGCACAGGGCAGAAAGGUGGGAAGCGACACCCUCCACUUGACAACCCCAGAAGACAGACACCUUGUGCUCCCUCCACUCCCGAGCAAGCCCAUACCCAGCUACCAGUAAGGAAACCCAGUCAGGGCAGAGAAAGCCAGGGGCAGGCUGGAAACUCCACCUCCUCAUUCAGUUGCCUUGGAUUUGGGGGGGAAAGUCUGGAGACAUGGGUGUUUUUCAGUUUCAUGAAAGAAGAUCUCGCUAGAAAAGGGCUCUGGUGAGAAUACACAUCAAGGCAGGUGGCAUGAGCGAAGCGAAGGCCCUGUAGGCCACUGAGCCUUGUCCUCCCUCCUCCCGUUGGAGAGCCAGGAGCAUGGAGGCCUACGCCGUGCACUAAGCAGCAGGGCUGAGGCCCAGAGGCUGUAUGUGGGGUUGACUGGACUGGGUUUCUUUCCAGCACAGGGUCUGUGCCAGGCACGUGCCUUUGGCUUCCGCCAGCAGAAUAUCCAGUGAAGAGUGGCUUAAAUAGGCAAGACACCUGAUGGUGUCAGACACACAAAGCCCAGAGAGGUGGCUAAUUCAGCCACUCAACAAUGUCAUGGCUGCAGAUCAGCUUCACUGGAGUUCUGGCUUUUCUCUCCAAGUUCAAGAAAGCUGCCAAGCCCAGGCCUGACAGCCUCCAAGAAGGCUCUCGUGUCUCUGCUCGCAAGCCCACACCAGACCCUCAUGUCAUUGGCAGACCCAGCCGCCGCAGAAUGGGGCUUGCUGCCACCCUGUUGCUAAGAUUUAUCGGGACACUAAUGAGGCUUGAGCUUCAGGGCCUUGCACCACCUGGCCCCUCCCUAGGCCCUGGGAGAGGCCCGGGCAUUGUGCUCCCAUGGUUGUCUGUUUUGUAAAAUCUGUAAAGAAACGUUAACUGCAACUGGCAAAAAUGCCUCCGUGUGCUCCUACUGUCCCCCCUGCCCCUGGGCAGUGUGCACCUUCUGCGAUCCAGCUGAGAGAAGCCAAGUUGGUUCGGCACCACUUCGGGGCACAGUGAAGUUACUGUGGAGGACCAGCUUCCAAGAAUGCCAGCACCAGCCCGACCAGUUCAGCUGGUGCUGGCCCAGGGGCUGUGGCACAGCAGAAGGGUGGCCUGUGCCACCACAGGCCCGCAGGAGCAACAAUGAGGAAGUGUGAAGAGUCCUUCCAAGACCUCUGGCUUGGGUCUGGGGCGAACUUGAUAGAGGUUUUUGGAGACCUGACAACAGCUCUACAAUUCUGUGUUCCCCACAGCAAGCCGGGAAGCUGAGUAGAGCUUUCUAAAGUCUUAGUAAUGAAGUUUUAGGUAAGCGUGCUGGAGAGACUGUGGGAAUGUAUAAAAUCACUGUGCCAACAAGAGGUGAUCAGAGAGGACAGAGCUGCCAAAAACUGGAGAGGAAAGGCAUGACUGGCCACGUAUUAAUGCAAAGGCUGUCACCCACUGGUACUUCAUGGCGUGUGGCAUGUUAGCUCUUUUAAAUCUGUAACUUAUUUUUUCAUUAUAAAUAAAAAGUCACAAUACA